AUGGCGGUGGCGAAUGAACGAAUGAACGAUGAUGACAUUAGUUUUUUUGCACGUGUCGCUUUGUAUGAAACCCCAAAACCAGUGCCUAUUUGUUUCGAUCAAGCAGAUUGCAAGCACUACUUUUUCUUUCCAACUAUUAUGUUGUUGUCGGUGGCUGUUAUUGCCUCUUCCUUCCUUUACAAUGUAGUCAGUGCCACAGUGGAAUCGCCUGUGCUGGAUGUCACCACCAUCUACAACCAGCAACUCAUGAUGGACAUCAUGGCAAAAGCGGCGUCGAUAGCUUCCAGCUUCUUCUCCUUAUUUUUUCGCAUCCUGUAUACGGUGGGAAGUUGGAUCGUCUGGCCGUUAUUUUGCUUGAUGCGUGGUUUAUGGCAAAGUUUCAUUGUCAAGCCAGUGGCAUGGUCGAUGCACCUCUUUUACACGUUUUAUCCAGUGAUUAUGUUCUGUUUUGCGGCCGUGGCGUGCGGAUUGAUCAUCGGAGGAUUUGCGGGUUUUGCUGCUGAAGCAUUUUCAUCCAUUCUCAUAGCUGCCACUUGGGGCGCACCCGCCGCGAAGAGAAACCAGCUUCCAGCCACCACCUCAGACCAAGACGGUUCCAUUUAUUCAUCCGAUCGUGAAAAUAUCGAGGAAGACGAAGAAGUUCAAGUGCUAACCAUGAGCUCCAAAUCGUCCGUCUUUGAAAGCGACAGAGAGAAAGACGGGUUUCGGACACCUACUCAACGUCGUCCUUCCACGCCUUUGCACCAAAGAACCAGUCCUUGGCGCCAACCCUUAUCACGACGAUCCAGUUCAUCCUCCGCCUCCUAUUUUCGGCCCUCACGAACCCUGUCGUCCGCAAGGAAAAGAUUCAAUAGCCAAGAGACAUGGCACUGGUCCGACGAGGAAGAAGAUGAUGAGUUUCCGUCCUCUUUACGUUCCUUUCAACGUUAA